AUGUCAAAACCAAGAGACUACAGCAGCCAGUCCUACUCCCCCAGCAGCAAGAAGCCGCUCAGAAGCGUCCCGACCGACAGAGUCGAUUCAUCGGGAAAAUUCAAGGAGAAGGAGGAGUUGGUUGGACUCAAUGACAAGUUCGUCGCGCUCAUUGAAAAGGUGAAACACCUGGAGAAUGAGAAGAGAAGACUUGAGACAAAGCUGAAGAUCCUCAGGGAGCAGGAGGACUACAACGGGAAGGUUGAGUAUCUUGUGAAGCAGCUGGAGAACGAGCUGGAGCAGCAGAUCGAAAGCUUGAAAUCCGACCAGAUCAAACUGCAGCCUGAGCUGCAGGAGGUCCAGGACGAGGUGGAUGAUACCAAGAAAAGGUAUGAAGACCAGUUGCGCAAGAGAGCUGAUCUUGAGAACGACUUUAUUGUGUCUAAAAAGGAAGUAGACGAAGGCCACUUGGAGGCAGUAGCUCUGGCUGUGGAUCUUGAGGACCUGAUGAGAACAAUGGCCUUCCUCAGGCUCGCAUUUGAUGAGGAGAUCAAGGAGCUGGAGUCACGCAUCCAGAACAAAACAGUGGUCCUACAGGACAACACCAGACGUUCUCUGGACAUGGACCAGUUCAUCAAGGCUGUUGAGAAUCAGUAUGCUACCAUGGCUACCCGCACCAGGGAAGAGGCUGAGCAGUGGAACCAGAGAAAAAUGGAAUCCCUGGUCCAAACUGUAGGAGAGCGCGAGCAAGAAGUCCGUGACAUAAAGAGGGAGAUUUCAGACUUGCUGCGUCUCAUCCAGAGGCUUACGGCAGACCUGGAGAGUCUCAGAAGGAAGGAAGAGGCCCUCAUGCUUGACCUUGAUGAUGCUAGAAAAGAGGGUGAGGAAAAUCUGAACAAGGCCCGGGAAAAUAUCGCUCUGCUGGAAGACGCUUUGAAGCGGACCAGGCAGGACUUGGCUUCACUGAUCCGUGAUCACCAAGAGCUGCUGAACAUCAAGCUGGCCAUGGACAUUGAGAUUAACACCUACCGCAAGCUGCUGGAGGGCGAGGAGCAGAGAAUGAGCUACCUAAUGCGCCAAUCAGAUUUCUAAAAAUAAACCAACCAAUCCAAGUCCUUACUUGCACGCAGACGUUCACCUGCCAACGACGCGAUACGUGCCAGCCAAACCGAAAGCC